AGAAGACUUCUUAAGUAGUUUAUGUGAUAAGUAUUCAUAUCGACGGCAUGGAUUCUAUUACAGUCUGUCUGACAUUCAUUUGUUUUUUAUUAGCUGGAUUUGUAGACGCACAGUAUUAUCCUGCACCAUCACUUACAGCCUAUCCCAGCCAAGUGAUAUACAGAGGAGGAAGCCUGACUUUCUUAUGUUAUUCUGAUGUACCACGUUUGACAUUAAGUUUGUGCAGAGACUGUAAUACGUAUCCGCAGAUAAUAGAAUCCAAAAUACCUGAUACAGAUGUGGCCGAAUUUAAUAUAAAAAAUUUAAAAUAUGAACAUGGUGGGGAUUAUUGCUGUUUUGUGAGAGCACAAUCUAGUAGUUCUCCCUAUAGUAACAUUUUAAGAAUAGAAGUCACAGACCUUAAAAAACCUGAAAUCUCCUGGAAAAAACAUGAUGCAGAGAAAGGAGUGAACAUAAUUACUUGCACUGCACCUGAACUGCAUGAGGAUUACACAAUUAAAUACUUUUCCUUAUAUGAAAAUAUGAAUCCAGUCAGUAACUACAAUGCUGAACAAAAUGUUUUGAAAAUGACCUUCACACAAUGUGUGAAUGAUUUGUCCUACUACAGAUGUGUUUAUGUGAUAAAUGCAAAACGUUCUUCUGAUUAUCAGAUAAAAUCACCAGUCAGUGAGUCUCUGCAAACAAAUAAAGAUGGUGAAGAUGAUAAAUUUAUUGUCGAAGAUAGUGAAGAUGAUACGUUUAUUGCCAAAGAUCUCAGGCGUCCAAGAGAUAGGAUCCCACGUUAUGUAAGGCCGGUGUCGAUGGCGACUCCGAGGAGCAACCGCUCCUCGCCACCGUUGCCAUUGACCCUCCUUGAGUGUCGUCAGGAGGAUUCAGGGACAGAGGAGGAAGUCCCUGAUAUCCAAGACGACCCAGUACCGGGGGAUGUUGCAGAACCCCCUCUGUCGCCGGCAGGAGCUGAAGAGGAGGUGGCUAGAGUGGAAUAUGGUGAAGAUGAUAAGUUUAUUGCCAAAGAUUAUCUAAUUCCUGUUAUUGCUGCAGUUUGCUCCAUACUACUAUUGAUCUUUGUAGGGGUCAUAGUUUUCUACAUAGUCAGAAAAUCUAAUAGAGCUAAAGAAAAAUUGCAUUGCAGUCAAAUACCGUUAGAAGACAAAGUGCCACAUGCGAAGGAACCAACAUAUUGCUCUGUUGACGAAAACAUUUCAAGGGAAAAACCUGAUGUGCCGAUGGAAAGACAGGAAGAAGAUGUUAAAGAUGCUGAUGUCGUCACAUACGCUGUCUUGAAUAAAGAAGCCCUAAAUAAAAAUCGGAAGUCACUGGACACGAAAUUGGAGGAUUCCAGUUUCUAUGCAGAAGUUAGAAAAUAGGAUAACAUUUAAAGGGACAUGAAACCCACAUUUUGUCUUUCAUGAUUCAGACAGAGAAUACAAUUUUAAACAACUUUCGAAUUUACUUCUAUUAUCUAUUUUGUUUCAUUCUCUUGGUAUCAUUUGUUGAAGGAGCAGCAAUGCACUAAUGGUGUCUAACUGAACACAUGGGUGAGCCAAUGACAAUCGAUAUAUAUAUGCAGCCACCAAUCAGCAGCUAGAACCUAGAUUCUCUGCUGCUCCUGAGCUUGCCUAGAUAAACCUUUCAGCAAAGGAAAACAAGAGAAGGAAGCAAAUUAAAUAAUAGAAGUAAAUUGGAAAG